GCCACGAGCUGCCGUGGAGGCUGGGAGUCUGCUGACCGGAUGGUGACAGAAGUUUUUACUGAUAGUCGGCUACUUUCACCAUGCUUUAACUCUUAACCCUAACAGAUUCAUGACUUUACCAUUUUUUUUUAACUGUGUCUUUAUGAAUUAGUUUUUAAAAAGUAACGGCUGUAGGCCCCGGAGCCAUCUGGAAACUUUUCCCUCUUUUCCCUUUGGAAGAGUAAUCCCAAAAAAGCAAACCAGCGAGUUGUCUGGGAUAAAGCCCACAGGGCUCAGCGAGGCGCCGCUAUGGGAAACCGGGGGAUGGAAGACCUCAUUCCCCUCAUCAACAAGCUUCAGGACGCCUUCAGCUCCAUCGGCCAGAGCUGCAACUUGGACCUGCCGCAGAUAGCGGUGGUGGGCGGGCAGAGCGCAGGGAAGAGCUCGGUGUUGGAAAAUUUCGUUGGAAGGGACUUUUUACCCCGGGGAUCUGGCAUCGUCACCCGCCGUCCUCUCAUCCUCCAGCUGGUUAACAGCAAAGCAGAGUAUGCAGAGUUCCUUCACUGUAAGGGACGCAAGUUUGUGGACUUUGAGGAGGUCCGUAUGGAGAUUGAAGCAGAGACGGACCGGCUCACCGGAUCCAACAAAGGGAUCUCCUCCAUCCCCAUAAACCUCCGUGUCUACUCCCCUAACGUGUUGAACCUGACCCUAAUCGACCUGCCUGGGAUGACCAAAGUGGCCGUAGGUGACCAGCCUGUGGACAUCGAGCACCAGAUCAGAGACAUGCUGCUGCAGUUCAUCACCAAGGAGAGCUGCCUCAUCCUGGCCGUCACUCCAGCCAACACCGACCUGGCUAACUCUGAUGCUCUCAAGAUCGCCAAGGAGGUGGACCCCCAGGGGCUGAGAACCAUCGGGGUGAUCACAAAGCUGGACCUGAUGGAUGAGGGGACGGAUGCACGAGACAUCCUGGAAAACAAACUGCUGCCACUUCGCAGAGGUUAUAUCGGGGUGGUUAACCGUAGCCAGAAGGACAUAGAUGGAAAGAAAGACAUCCGUGCUGCUUUGGCUGCUGAGAGAAAGUUCUUUCUGUCGCAUCCCGCAUACCGACACAUCGCAGAACGUAUGGGGACCCCACACCUGCAGAAGACCCUAAAUCAGCAACUCACCAACCACAUACGUGACACGUUGCCGGGGUUACGCAGCAAGCUGCAGAGCCAGAUGCUGUCACUGGAGAAAGAAGUGGAGGAGUACAAGAACUUUCGGCCUGACGACCCGACACGCAAGACCAAGGCUCUGCUCCAGAUGGUGCAGCAGUUUGGUGUGGACUUUGAGAAAUGUAUUGAAGGGUCUGGAGACCAGGUGGACACCUCCAACCUGUCUGGUGGAGCAAAGAUUAACCGAAUCUUUCAUGAACGCUUUCCCUUCGAGCUGGUGAAGAUGGAGUUUGAUGAGAAAGAGCUACGGAAAGAAAUCAGUUAUGCCAUCAAGAACAUCCAUGGAGUCAGGACAGGUCUCUUCACCCCAGAUUUGGCUUUUGAGGCCAUAGUGAAAAAGCAGGUCAUUAAGCUGAAAGACCCCUGUCUGAAAUGCGUAGACCUGGUCGUCACCGAGCUUGUCACCCUGAUCAGGAAGUGCUCGGAGAAGUUGGACUCAUACCCUCGACUUAGAGAAGAGACAGAGAGAAUUGUGACCACUCACAUCCGAGAGAGAGACAACAAAACCAAAGAAAAGGUGCUGCUGCUGAUUGACAUCGAGCUCUCCUACAUCAACACCAACCAUGAGGACUUCAUUGGAUUUGCAAAUGCCCAGCAGAGGACGGCUGCUAACACCACCAAGAAGAGAGCCAUGCCUAACCAGGUGAUCCGCAGAGGCUGGCUCACCAUCAACAUCAGCAUCAUGAAGGGCGGCUCCAAAGACUACUGGUUUGUCCUGACCGCCGAGUCUCUCUCCUGGUAUAAAGAUGAGGAGGAAAAAGAGAAGAAGUUCAUGCUGCCUCUCGACAAUCUGAAACUCAGAGACCUGGAAAAAGGCUUCAUGUCCAGCAAGCACGUCUUUGCUAUUUUUAACACAGAACAAAGGAACGUAUAUAAAGACCUGCGUCAGAUCGAGCUGGCCUGCGACACUCAGGAGGACGUGGAUAGCUGGAAGGCCUCCUUCCUCAGGGCUGGUGUUUACCCAGAGAAGGACCAGCAACAGAGCGAGGACGCUAUGAGUUCUUCGGACACGGUGUCCAUGGAUCCACAGCUGGAGCGCCAGGUAGAGACCAUCCGUAACCUGGUGGACUCCUACAUCAGCAUCGUCAACAAAUCCAUCAGGGAUCUCAUGCCCAAGACCAUCAUGCACCUCAUGAUCAACAACACGAAGGACUUCAUCCACUCUGAGCUGCUGGCCUAUCUGUACUCAUGUGGAGACCAGGGCAGUUUGAUGGAGGAGUCUGCUGAGCAGGCCCAGAGGAGGGAUGAGAUGCUGAGGAUGUAUCACGCUCUGAAAGAGGCGCUGGUCAUCAUCGGAGACAUCAGCACCACCACCAUCUCUACGCCAAUGCCUCCGCCUGUAGACGACACUUGGAUCGCCAAAGAACCGAGUCCACCGGCGUCCCGACCGCUCACAUCGACCACAGUGCCCCCUAACCGCCCCCCAGCAGUGAGGGGAUCCACUCCCGGUCCACCGCCUCUCAAUCCUUCACCAGCGUUCGGGGCACCGCCUGUGCCCUCUCGACCGGGCCCCCAGGGGCCAUACGAUACCAAUUCAUCAGUGCCUCUCAUUCCUUCAAGGCCUGCCCGUGUGCCUCCAGCUCUGCCCCCAGGAGUUCCCAGCAGAAGACCCCCGGCUGCACCCAACAGACCCACUAUCAUUCGUCCAUCAGAGCCUUCCCUGCUCGACUAGACUCUUUUAUUUUUUGGGUUGCUUGUCUUCAUUAUCUGAUCUCUCAGAAGCUCUCUACUCUUUUCUAUCACUUACUAAAAUUUUUUUCCUCUGUAAUUACAGGCAUUGCAUUUUUUUAGGCCUUUUUUUGUAGAAAAAAUUAUUUUUUUUCUUUAACAAUGACAUGAAGUAAUGAAAAAAAAAAGAUUCUUAAGCAACCUAUAAAAAAUACAUGUUAAAGCAGCACUUGAUGUACAACGUUGGUUAUACUCUGCAAAGGGAAGGUUUACAUUUUUUGUGAGCUGUACACUUUGUAAUGCUGAUUUUUUUUUUACACACUAAGCACUUCAAUAGACAUUUAUACCAUUUAGUUUAAUAAUUUUCUCCAAUGUGUUUCAAUUAUCCUGAGCGUUUGUUUGCUGAGCAUUUGUUUUUUUUACAACCAUACACUCCUGUUAAAGUAAUUUUUUACUCCAUCUGUGGAGCAAGAAAGCCUUAGUCAGAGAAGUAAAAGGGAAGUGCCGACUUUGUAAUACUAAUAACUACACAGAUGUUGAUGUAAGAACGUUGUAUCCACAAAGCUUACCGUCAAUGGAAAAGGUGUCGCAACAUCUGUCAGAUUUCAUACAGUCACUUGUCACAAAUAAAAUCUAUAGAGUGAAAAUUCUG